AUACAUAAAGUGGAAGAGGUUGAUAGAGAUGUUUACAUCUCUCUUGAAAGCUUCAUUAGAAAAGUAUGCAACAAAAAAAUUCUGUUGAAAAUUCGCACAAUAGUCACACCUCUAAUGCUGGAUAAUAUUUUAUACCAUAAAUGCUGAGCUUCAGUGGUGAAGGUCAAGUUGGAAUAAAACUAAAAAACAAAAGAUUUGCAAUCCAAAAUAAAAACCAAGAGCUCCGUCAUUAUAUUUCAGUUUUACCGCCUUUGAAAAAACAUGCAUUUAAGAAAAUUUUUGUAUUGUUGGCCCCUGAAAUAUGGCGUUAUUACAGUGGGCUUAGCUUUUGGACUCACGGACUUCAUCGUGGGCAGCGUUGGAUGGGACAUGGUUAUUAGAAACAAAUAUCCAGACUAUGUGGUCGAGUUCUUCAGAACCAUGGACACCCGAAUCUGUGUGUCCGGAUUUGCCACCGUUUUCUGGUUAAUGAUGACCGACCACUUCCUUUUGAUCUAUGCCGUCUUUUACCACAAACUUCUGAUAAUCGGAACUUGGCUGUUGAUAAACUACAUGGUAUUUUUGUUCACCCUUGUCACCGUGUUGUUGGAUAGCUUGCUUAUCCUUAGAAUAAUUGCCCUGGGAUACUGUUUGAUCGUGGUGAAGUCCUAUUAUAGUGAGUUGGCUGAGGCUCAGAAGGAAUCAUCCGAUUCCAGCGUGGAAUCAACUAGCGAUCAAACUAGCGAUUAAAAUGCCUCAAAUGUAAACAUUUUUUAAG